CUGUAAAGCCCUGAUGGAUUUCCCUGCUUUUCCAGGUCUUCACCAUCUUUGCCUUUGCCACCACGGGGGGUUAUUCUGGCUCCACCCACUUCACCGUGGACUGUGUCAAAGAGAAGAAGCCGGUGUCGGCCAUCUUCGGAUAUCCGUUCAGGUUGUCAGCGAACCCUUUCCAGAUCCCGUCCUGUAACGUUUCCACCUCCAACAACACGUACCUGCAGGGCGACUUCUCGUCCUCGGCGGAGUUCUUCGUGUGCGUGGGCGUGUUUGGGUUCCUGUACUGCACGGCCUCUCUGGUGCUGUACCUGGGAUACCAGAACCUGUACCGCCAGACCGCCCGCGGCCCCAUAGUCGACCUGGUGGUGACGGCUGCGUUUGCGUUCCUGUGGUUCGUGUCCUCCUGCGCCUGGGCCAAAGGCCUGACCGACGUCAAGUGGGCCACUAACCCCGAACACCUGGUGACUUUAUGCAAAAACUGUGUGCCGGGAGAGUUUCCCUCCAUGGGCCGCCUGAACGCCUCAAUUUUCGGCUUCUUGAACCUGAUCCUGUGGGGGGGGAACUGCUGGUUUAUUUACAAGGAGACGUCUUUCCACAAAGAUCCCAACCCCCCCGCCACCAUGGAGGAGGGGGGCCCCCCCAUGCCUUAAGGGUCCGUACAGAGAAAUGUAUUAUGUGCCUCAGCGCUGGGGCGGAAUAAAAAAAGACCUAAAAAAGUCUGUCCCCUUUUAGCCCCCGGCUCUGUCCGUUUGUUCUUCAGCUUUUGGUGUUUCCUCCUCUCUGAGCAGCCCGCAGUUCUACACUCUCCCCAAAACGUUUAUGUUUAAAGCAGGUAAAAAAACCUCCAACACGCUUACAAUGUUCCACCAGAAGGUAAAAGGAACGGACAUGCGUGGGUCUCUGUCCUCUUUAUCUGCUAAAACACUUUUAAGACACUCAAAUAUUCUGCACUUUUCACAUCAUGUUCACUGAAGGGUGGAAGAAGGACUGUAGGUUUACUGCCUCACGCCCAGAGCACGCGUGCUAGCCAAAACCGUCUGUUAGCCAAAACCGUCUGUUAGCCAAAACCCUCUGUUAGCCAAAACCGUCUGUUAGCACAAACCGUCUGUUAGCCAAAACCCUGUGUUAGCCCAAACCGUCUGUUAGCACAAACCGUGUGUUAG